AUGUUUCCUGGCGAUGGUACGCUUCAUUGGGUGCCUGUGACCAAUAGCCAAUUACCGCCGGACGCAUUAAUUGGUGGCUUCGAAAACGAACUCACGUAUAUAGCCAGGGCACAUCACAAUCGGUCAAUUUGCCCUGGACGGUAUGUGCCCUCCGCUGGAGCAGCUUUUGUUCCCUGGGGAGGGAGAGCACAUAAAAAGCGACAAUUUGAGAUUUUAUGCGGAUUUAAUGCUAUGUGGGUUAAAACAAGAUCGAACCUCAUCCCACCGAACGCAUUCGUUGGUGGAACAUCAGAAAUAGCGAACGAGCCAUUGUACAUAGGAAGAGCUAUGAUUGACCAAAAUCUCAUAUCUGGGAAAGUAUACACCCGUUACCAUCUCUGCUAUUUACCGUACAAAGGCAGGGAAGUUGAAGUAUCUUCUUACGAAAUAUUAGUUAUACCAGAGAAUGAAAUACCAUAAACUUUGCCGUUUACAUAUUAACUGCCAGGAUGCAGCAUGCAAUAUGCAGCACAAUAUUCUUCGUGUGAUCCAAAAAUUGUCGUUCUAGGUCUGGUUGAGACUGUUUGAGACAAGACUCGGGUGUGAAAUUGUAGGUAUGUUUUAUAUAGGACACAGAGAUUUAGAAGAUUUUUUUAAUGUAAGC